GUCGUAAAUAUUCGAAAUGUGCACGGAAAAUAAUAACGGGGAUGUCUUGAGGGAAAUUAGUGACAAAUUGGAACUGGUGGAGAUGGCCCCGGGGUGUCGGGACGUUUCGGUUGUAAAGGGACGUCAUCGUCAGGUCAUUGAAUUGGAAAACGAUGACUUGUGCGAGAUCGAGGGUGUUUUAUGUGGGGCUUUUAAGGCUAAGACGCCUGUGCUACCAGACCACAGAAGGGACAUCUUAGAAAAAUCCUCUCACUUGGUAAAGAAUACCUUCGCCUCCCUCCAGGGCUCAAAAAUCGCUGACGUGAUUAACGUAGAUGGUAGUUCUACAGUCCACGUGGGCCACGUGGUCAACAUCACCGAGCAAAUCGUCCUGAACCCUUCCAGAAACGAGCUGGAAUACCCUGGAAAACUGCGGGACUACAGCCAUUACUUCUACAUGGUGGAUCGGAAGCAUUGGCUAGCAGAACCUUGCCGAGGACAAGUGGAAACUCUAGAAAAACCUGCCAAAUACGUGAUCAUUUGUCACACAGCCACUGAAGAAGCCUUUACCCAAGCAGAGAACGUGCUCAUGCUACGCCUCCUACAGACCUUUCAUAUAGACAGCCAAGGUUGGGCGGAUAUCGCCUAUAACUUCUGCAUAGGGUCAGACGGGAACGUUUACGAAGGGCGCGGAUGGUCUACAGUGGGUUCACACACUGCUACCUACAAUCGUCACUCUAUAGGGAUCGCUUUCAUGGGGUGUUUUCUCAAACAUUUGCCUCCCAAAACUGCCCUUCGAAAGUGUCGGGAGUUGAUCGAGCAUGGGGUGAAAAUCGGGGCGAUCAGGGAGGAUUACGAGCUGGUGGGGCAUUGCCAGUGCAGGCCGUUUUUAAGUCCUGGAAAGCGGCUGUUUGACGAGAUAAAGACUUGGAGGAAUUUUAAUGGGCAGGUGGUCAAUACGCAAGCGUGCCCAUUGAAUUUGUAAAUAUGUUUUUAUUUAUUUUUUUUUUUUAUUAUUAAAGGUAGUUUUUAUUAGCUGAA